GCAUUCAUUAAAGCUGAUGGACGUUAACUUUAAUCAGCCUGAUGCAGGUUUAGGGGUUUGUUUUAGUUACUAUAGCAACAGUCUGUCCACUGGUUACUGUUAAAGUACCGCCUGUGGUUUUAUUACUUGGAUUCUAGCAAUAAACAGCAUCUACGCAUAAACAAACUUCACCUUCACACCGUGUGUACACGGGACGCGACAAAACUAUAAUCGGUCACCGGAGAGUACAAUACGACUCCGCGGGCAGCAGCGUCGUAGUUUUAUCGCGUCGCUCGGUGUCUACAGGGGCACUGGAGGUCACUUCCUGAUUUACUGACUGUCGGCAAUAUGUCCUAACACUUUCAAAACGCUCUGCCUCUCUUUAAACGACAACGUUUUGCGUGCCUGAAAUACGACGUUACCUCCACAGGUGGAAGUAGCAGUAGUUUUUGACUUUAUUUGAUGCAGACCAGCACUUCAUUCAGUCGUUGCGCAGGUGGAUUUAUCGAUUCGCAUGUGUUCCUGGCACGUUUAUAUCGGUGAGGAUGUUUUAAAAUGGCGGUGGCAGCGUCACAACAGGGUCUGGAGUGAAGGUGAGGAGGUGAUGGACGCACACACAUCUUUUCACCUGCAGCAGGAACAUGGCAGAAGCAGAGCACACGUCCAGUCAAAGCAGUGAUGAUUUCCAGGUGUCAUCGUUCAGCAACUCUUCACACAACCAGUGUUUGCAGACUGCCUCAAAGCCUCUCACCCAAAACCAUGUCAACCAUCACAUGCCCUCAGACUCUCAGCUGCCACACGUUUCCCUCCGCUGCAAAUCAUUCACUCCCUUUAAUGGCACAUGUGAUGAGGAUCGCAGCAGCUUGGCCUCUCAGGACUCUGGAAUCCCCACUCUUGAGAUUAACCCCCCUGAGCACGUUCAUGCUCGAGUCACCACUGCUGAGCUGGUGGUUCCACCUCCACAUGAUGAUAGUCCAGCAACACUAAACUUGGAUAUUUCAGAUAGCUCCGUACUCAAGUCUUCCACCUUCCCACGUUGUGACUUUGAUUUGGUGCGUCCUUAUGGGGCAGGCGGGCUCUCCAGUGCGGCAGGCAAGGGUACUUUGAACCGCAGUGAUGAUAUUUCAGUGUGCAGUGUUUCCAGUUUAAGUACUGAGUUUUCUGCCACGUUGUCUGUCAGUAAUGAGGACUUCCUAGACUUUAUGGUUACAUCCGAGUCCAGUGCUGUUGUUACAUUUGAGAAUGAAGAUGUCUUGCACCGUUCUGACAAUUCACUCUCAUCUCCUACGGACUUGCACGGCAAGCUCAGCAGCCCUCAACGGCAUCCUGUGGGGGUCUCUACACCACAUGAGGCUAGACCCAAGAGACUGGGUCCACUCGCCAGCUUCUUCCACAGGAGUCUUUUUGCUAAGAGGAUGAAGGAUACGGGUGCACUGGAAGAACAGAGAGAGCCUGGCUGGAAGCUGUUCGGUAAAGUUCCACAUAAAGAACUUUCAACCAAAGACUCCAGGAAAAUACAAAAGGAAUAUGAAAGGAGUGGACAGUCAAGCAGUUCCAUAUCUCCCAAGAAGAAUGUAAAAAGGAACCUGGACUUUGAGCCACUUUCAACCACAGCCCUUAUACUGGAGAACCGUCCAGCGAAUCUUCCUGCAAAGCCUGAGGAUGAAGCCCAGAAACACAGACAAGAAUACGAGGAGAUGGUAGCUCAGGCCAAGAAGAGAGAGCUGAAAGAGGCCCAGAAACGGAAAAAACAACUAGAGGACAGGUGCAAACUAGAGGAAAGCAUUGGCAAUGCUGCUCUCACCUGGAGUCAGGAGAUAUUACCCAACUGGCAAAGCAUGUGUUCAUCUAAGCGGGUGAGGGAUUUAUGGUGGCAGGGUCUGCCACCCAGUGUGAGGGGCAAAGUCUGGAGUCUAGCGAUAGGCAAUGAACUAAACAUCACAGAUGAGCUGUAUGACAUCUGUUUGGCAAGAGCCAAAGAAAAGUGGAAUGCCUUUGUAGCCCCAACGGCUGCUGCAGAAACAGAGAGUGAAGACGCAGGCUUGUCUCAUGCUGAUCGAGAGGCCAGUCUAGAACUGAUCAAGUUAGACAUUUCCAGAACCUUUCCCAAUCUCUGUAUUUUCCAACAGGGAGGCCCAUACCAUGAUGUAUUGCACAGCAUUCUGGGAGCUUACACUUGCUAUCGUCCUGAUGUGGGAUAUGUGCAGGGAAUGUCCUUUAUAGCAGCAGUGUUGAUUCUCAACAUGAACACUGCUGAUGCCUUCAUUGCAUUUGCCAAUUUGUUGAACAAGCCUUGUCAAAUGGCUUUCUACAGAGUGGACCACAGCCUUAUGUUGACAUACUUUGCAGCAUUUGAAGUGUUCUUUGAAGAAAAUCUACCAAAGCUUUUUGCACAUUUUAAAAAUAACAACCUGUCCUCUGAUAUUUAUUUAAUUGACUGGAUCUUCACCUUGUACAGUAAAUCACUCCCACUGGACAUCGCAUGCCGUGUGUGGGACGUGUUCUGUCGUGAUGGCGAGGAAUUUCUCUUCCGCACAGCUCUGGGGAUUCUGCGUCUUUACGAGGACAUCCUCACACACAUGGACUUCAUCCACAUCGCUCAGUUCCUGACGCGCCUGCCGGAAUACAUCUCUGCUGAGGAGAUCUUCUCCAGCAUAACCACCAUCAACAUGAACAGCAAGAACAAGAAAUGGCCACAAGUUCUUCAGGCUUUGCAGAAAGGACAAGACCGUGGCAGUCCACUACUGAAACGCUAAGGAUGCAUCCUCAUGUCUUCACUUCCGCCUCACAGAGACUAAGAGAGGAACUCAUGUUGACUGUGCAUGGGUACUCCUGCAUACCUCUGGUUCCUCAUCAGAGAAUAUCAGUUCCAGUGGCCACUGUAUGUGUCCUCUUCCAUACAAACUGACGUGUAGGAACACAAACUGACCUCACAGGGCUGGAACGGAGGAACACAUCACAUGAAUGUACACUCCCGGCUCUCAAUUAGGUGUGGCAAUGUUCUAAAUUGUUUCAUGUCUCUGUCCUCUCAUUACCUUCACCUUCACCCUUUCUUUUCUGCCUCCCUCAGCUUAAACGAGGCAUUUCCAUUUUAGCAAAAUAAAAUGUUUUGCUGUGGUUUUCUGAGGUGGUUUUUAUUUGUUUUUCUCAUGUGUUGUUUUACCAUUGUUUCUAAGACUUAUUGCACACUGAACUAUUAUUUAUUCUACCUCUUACUCCCUGUCUGUAAUCUGUGUUUCUGUUCUCUGUCUCUCAAAUGUCUGUCUUUAUUCAGAGACUUGAGUUGAUACUGAAAGAUCAUGUUCAUGUUAUUGUUACUGGAUUUUCUGUCCCUUUUUAUUUAUUUUUUUUUAUAGAAAGUCCAAAACCAAAUAUUCUGGAAGAUUAGUGUUUCUGAAGUUACAAAGUUUGGUUUCAUCAAAUUCAUGCUUGCAGAACAGGACUUUAGCAUAAUAAAUGUGGCUUUAACAUUGUGGUGCAGCUUGGCUCUCAUGGUGGUUGAAGUGUUGAAAAGAAGGUAGAUGAAAGAUUGAGUAGGAGUAUGAGUUCAGCAAUGAUGGUGGUUUUCAGUCAUACGACUCAUUGCAGCAUUAUGCUUGACAUCUCAUAUUGUCUUCAUUAAUAACAGAGAAACAAGCCUCUCUAGAUAUUGCUGUUCUUGACAUUCAACAAUCAGAUAAAAUCUUAUUAUUCGAAAUUUAUGAAAUGUUAUGAUAUUUAAGUCUUUACUUGUUUCAUGUCAAUAACAUGCACUAAACUGGCCUAAUUUUUGGGACCAUAAUAUGUAACGGCAAUAACAGCAUUUUUCACUUGUUGGUUGUUUUUUUGUUUGUUUUUUUAAAGUUUAGAUAAGUGAAUGUCAUUUUGGUGAAUGUUUUUCACUGAGAAGUAUGAACAGUAUCACGUUAAACAUUCAGAUGCUUAUUUAUUAUAUUGAUUAGAAUUCAUGGAAGUUCAUGGAUUAUUAUUUUGGUGAGGAAAAAGACCUAAAUUUCAUAUCCUCAGAGAGUGUGUGUAUACUGUAUGUACACACAGUAAUAUGUAAACAAGUUAUGAAGGCACCAGAAUAUUGAAUGGCACUUUGAUAUCUUGCACACUCUAAAUUUAGUUUUUGUGCAGAUAUUAUCAAGAUAAUGUGGUGAGAUUUCACUGCUUUGUGAUCACUGUGAUCAAAGGAAAACACCCCACCUUUGUGGUCUAAACCACACUACUGCAAUAAGCUGCUUUGCACAAUUUUUUUUUUUUCAUAGAUUUUCACUGUCGUCUUUACUAUGCUCUCUGCUGUUUCAUGUUUGGUUUUAUUACCAUAUAGGAACCCUAGGAACUUGUUUUGUCAAUGUUGGCUGUUUUCAUUAUAAUCUGAUUAUUCAUUGCCCUCACUUUUAAAAUAUUUUUAUAUCUGGGGGACACACACCAGGAGCUUUAAGUUAAUGGCUUUUGAUUUUUGCCUUAAGUCCAAGGUUUUGAAAUAACUUGCAUAACUCUGAAAAAGAACUUAAGACUUCAUAUGUAUCCAGUGCAUUCAGCUGUUGUGAGUUCAAGUACAAUAAAAGACAAUCUUAAUAGUAAUGAAAGGUGAAGUGUGUGUGUGUGUGUGUGUGUGUGUGUGUGUCUAUAAACAACUUCAUGUUAUGUUGUGAGUACUUGAGUGUGCGCAUCAUCAUAAACAAUUCAUGCUGUUCAAAAGAGCAUAGGCCAUCCAGGAACACAGGAUAUGUUGAUAAUGAAGUACAGUAAUGUAUUGUGCAAUGUGUUUGUUAUGUGAGUGUUUUAUGUGGGAAUUGACAGAAUCAGGUGGUACGAUGAAGGCAUUAGGAUGUGCAAUGCAUCUGUGCCCACAUAUGAAUAACUGGCCAGUCCAAACUAUUUAAUGUGAGCUUUUUAUUCAUCUGUAUCAACGCUGUAUGAACACUGAAACGUGUGCAGACUGUGUGCAUGCAAUCCCACACUCGAAGCUUUCAGAUGUUAUUUGAGCAUGCACUGAUGCAGCUCGCUUUGACCAAUCUCUGUUCUUCUGUGUUUGUCCUUUUGUCCAAAAAUGCUGCCUUUGCUUUUGUUGUGUCAAUACAGAUGAUAUAGAAAUAAAUAAAGUUGUAUAUAUUCAUGGUC